AUGUCCAACCGAUACAUCUACGCGCAGGUUGUUCACGAGCCUACAGCCUUCACGCUCGCUGCUGCAUCCUCCAUAGAAGCCGCUAUGCGCAAAUCCCUUACAAGCACAAGCGACAAAAUCGCAGCGACAGAGGUCGGGAAGGCUCUAGCUGCACGCAUGCUAGAGAAGCAGAUCGGCGCUGUGGCGUUUGAGCUGGGGCCCACCCAGAUGUACCACGGGAAGCUCAGGUCGCUUUUAGAUGCAUUGACAGGGUCCGGAGUGAAGCUUCUCUGA